AAAGGUUAUAAUAAGGAACGAGGGUUUCUUACGCCAAAUAAUCUCCAUUUCAUCCUAUUUUCAGCAAAGUAAUGAUAUUUGUUCAUACCCUAAAACUAUACAGUUUUGAAGCAGGCGUUAGAUUUUAUAACGGGGUCGCGCUAUAGGCGUAUGGUAACGUGUUCUAAACACAGCUCGGGCUCUCGAGGAAAACCACGUCAUGUCAUACUGUCAUUAAUACCCUGUCGCCGACAUGUCUCGGAAUAUAUACAUGUACACUGAACUUGCUGGGGUAUAUUGCUGUACACAAUAUGAUAUGUAUUGCUGCCCUUCAAGCUCUGUUGACAAAAUGGCCGCACACAUUGUCUAUCACAGCCUGCACUGCCGAGAGAUGACAGUCGACCAACGGACGGGAGAACUGAAAUACGAAACUGCUUCACCAGACUUACCAGUGGCUCAGUUUAUUGGACCGAAGCCGUUGACACCAGCGAGUAACAGGUUUUCAAUAGAGAUCGCCAAUCCCGGCAUGCACUGCUACAUAGCUAUAGGAGUGUGUAACAGACACUACCCCGCCCACAGGCAGCCAGGGUGGGAGGCCAACUCCGUGGGGUACCACGCAGACGACGGAGGGUGAGGAAAUAACAUAACAUGUAUAAGAACUAAAUUGGGUACGACUAACGGCACACUUAUGUCCUCACAUGUGUAUGGCCGUCGUCAACAAUGUUAACAGUAUCACAUCGUUUAAGGUGUAAAGUAUACAUUACUUAACAUGUUGAUACGAUGCCAUAGACAUAGAAGCCUCAUAACCAGAAGACAAACGUCUCUUGCAGGAGGUAGGAGUGACCCAGUCUGUUUAAGUGUCAUGAAUUGCUGUGCAGACUUGCAACUCUAAGUCCGACGAUCGUGGGUUGGAAUCCCAGAUUUGCACUAUUCGUGAUUCUUAACUGUUUUCAAAUAUUUUACUCGUAUUCGAUGUCUCGUAGUAAAACAUCUGACAAACCCUGAAUUUGGAGGUUUUGUUAGGUGAACCUGUAGCUGGUUUCAAAUCCAAUGUCAGCUUUCCGACACUAAGCUUUCAAGUUUCAAGCGCAGUUUCUGUCCAGCAAUAGAAUGCCCACACAAAGCACAAACGACAAUACACCCUUUGUUACCUAACACUCAGAAACAACAAGGUAUUAGUUCACCAAAUUCGUAACUACCCAUUUGAGUUCGUUACAGCUACAGCGAGAUACAACUAUCAGGCAUGACGCUCCGGAUGUUGCGCUCGUAUUGCCGAUACUUUAGUGGCUUCAACGCUGCUUGAUUGCCCCGAAAACUCAACUGACGUGACACCAUGCGGUGGCUUUGUCAGAAAGGAUCUAUGUGGCUACUGGGUUUCCCCGGCACACGUUUGGAAGAGUCAGUGUUGGAGAAGUAAUGGCCUGUUCACUGAACAUGUCCAAAAACACUGUCACAUUUUACAGAAACGAAAGAGCGAUCUACACGUCUCCUCCUCUGGCCGCCCCUCCCGGGGGGUUCUACCCCGUUGUUGGCCUCCACUCACACGGCGAGAUGGUCACCCUCCUGGAAGUAGAACCGUGGACGCCAGAUGUCAAGACGCCUCUGCGAUCAGACGACGUGACCUAUCAUUCCUUGUUCUGUCGAGAAGCAAAGGUGUCACAUUCAUCAGGGACAGUGAGCUACGACUCCAUGUCGCCCGACAUCCCUGUUGGUCAGUUUGUGUCCGAGUGUCCACUCUCACCUACCUGCAACAAGUUCUCCUUUGAAAUCGUCAACCAAGGACAAAUGUGCUACAUAUCUAUCGGAGUGUGUCACCGCCGUUACCCAGGCAACAGACAACCAGGAUGGCUGCCCAACUCAAUAGCAUAUCAUGCGGACGACGGCGGAAUAUACCAUGGCAAUGGUCAGCCAUCACGUCACGCUUCCAGAGCCCGAGUCGGAGACACCAUGUCGUGUGAGGUGGACUUCCAAGCGAAGAUUGUUAUAUUCAGCCUUAACGAUGUUGUAGUGUACAGGAGCCCCGCCCUCAGGCUCCCUCCGGGAGGGUUCCACGCUGCAAUCGGGUUCCACUCCCACGGGGAGUCAGUCUGUCUACUGGAGAUGGAGCCAUGGAGAUCUGCUACAAACCAGUAUUUGCAGGUGUCUCGUAUUCAAGUUGAAGAAUUAAGAGCAGUUCAAGAGCAGUACCAUUAUUCGGUGUGCCGGGAUGCUACACUCAAUCAACACAACGGUGUUUUGAGUUUCAGCUACACUGGAGAUGGUGAUGAUGAUGAUGUCCCCGUGGCUCUCCUACUCUCCAAGCGCCCCAUGACCCCAGAUGUCAAUACGUUCUCUAUUGAAAUCCUAAAUGAAGGAAGAGAAUGCUAUAUCGCAGUUGGACUGUGCCCACAACACUACCCCCCUGAGCGACUUCCUGGCUGGGAGAGACACUCCAUCGGCUACCAUGCUGAUGAUGGAGGUGUGUUCGUAGCGUCAGGCCUUCCGGUAGAGGUUGUCCCUGCAGCUCGACAAGGUGCUACCAUGACAUGUCAGUUCAACUUCUCAACCAAUACAGCAACAUUUCUUCUCAAUGGAGAAAAGGUGUAUCAGUCUCAACCUCUCACAGUGCCCCCUGGCGGUUUCUACGCAGCUGUAGGGCUUAACUCACAAGGGGAGAUAAUUAGGCUGUGUGAAACUGAGCCUUGGCGAGGGAGUGAAGCACUGCCGUGUCUUGAACCAGGAGUGACGCCGGACGCCCAGAGUAUGCCCGAGUGUACUGUGUGCGUGGACAGAGCGGUCACCCACUUCCUGAUUCCCUGUGGUCACACCUUCUGUUCUGAGUGUAUGGAUGAGUGGGCAGCUGUCCGGAAGACCUGUCCAACAUGCCGGACUCCCUACCAAGAAAUGAAGCCUUUGUAUUUUGGAUAAAUACAUGUCAUUUAAGAGCAAGCUGCUAGGGAGUAGUUCGGAUCCUCAGAUCAUGAACACCUCUUCAUUUCCUGAAAUGAAACCUUUGUAUUUUAGAUGAUAAUGUCACUGACUAGCAAGCAGCCAGCGAGAAGCCAGAAAUAAUAAGACGAGGGAAUCAAUAUCCCGGUUCCUUAAAUACUCCCACUGGGGUGAUCGAUGUCUUGCGAUAAAUCUCCCCUGUUAACAUGAUCUGUGUUAUUUAGUUGAACCUUUGUCAAGUUUCGUUUGUUGUUUAACGCCGCAAUCAGCAAUAAUCCAUCCACAUGACUGCGGUCUGUAAAUAAUGUAAUCUGAACCAGACAAUCCAGUGAUUGACAUCAUUAUCCACGCAAUUGGGAUACAAGUAUAUAUCACAUAGGUGAAGGUUAGGCGUGUAAGAUGACAACAUAUGUUAUUGCCAUCAAUAUUGAAAUGUUUGUUUGUUUGUUUUUAACGUCGCACUCUGCGAUAUUCAAGCUACACGUAUAUGACAGCGGUUUAUUAAUAAUCGAGUCUGGACCAAACAAUCCAGUGAUUGACAUCAUGUGCAUCGAUCCACGCACUUGGAUACGAUGACGUGAUUCAACCAAGUCAGCGAACCUGACCACCCGAUCCCGUUAUAGUCGCCUUUUACGACAACCACGGAAUCUUCACGGGACCCUUGUCUUUUUAAAUUGGAUGUUGUAAAUGUAGGCUAAGUAUCCCCAUGCAUCAAAUGUUAAUCCAGACAUGUGUUAACCUGUUCGAUCCACUGAUGAACGGAAUAUAUUCUACAGUCGAAAAAACGAAAACCGCGGUCGCCGUUUCCGUCAGAUCUAGUGAGAGAAACUAAAGUGAAUUGUCUUUAGUAGUCACGUACAAGUUCAAUUAGCCAUAUACUGUAAUCUUUUAGUUUGGAGAAUCGGCGUUUUUCACGCCUACUGGUCAUAUUUCUGUUCUUUUGCAAGUCAUGCUAUAGGUUUGCAAAUAAGAUAAAUGUCAAGUUGUCAAUCCUUUAAUUACUUUGCCCGGUCACUUUAUAUUUCGUAUUCGACAUGAGCCAUUUCAUGUGCUCCCAGAAGGGCAUUUAUGAUUGUCUCUUCAUAUCUGUUAUCAUCUUGCUUCUUGGUGAAUGCGAGACAUGGUGCUGACAAAGACUCAUAAUCAGAACGAGUCUGGCCUUCUAACCCACGAUAGGCUGAUCCCGACAGAAGUAAGCGCCACUCGUGCCAUCUGGAGGUAAAUGACGCCAGGCUGUUAUUAAAGGAAUUCACUAAUUAUUAUAUCAUCAUAUUGUAUAUUUCCUGAUGAUUAUUGCUAUUAAGUUUACGUCAAGCAUGCUAUAAAUAUGAAUAAAUACAUAUUAUUAUAUACAUUGUA